CUUUCUCUGGAUACGGUUUCUGCCAGUGAAUCAGUCUGCUAGUGGAGACAGACUGCGGCAGAAGACACAAGCAGGGCAGUCAAAGCAGAGCCCCAAGAUGUGGUGCCUCCUCGUGCUGCUCUGCUCCCAAGGAAUUGCCUUUUCAGCAGGAUUCACAACACCCUCCACUCUGAAUUCAGACACAAGCCAGUACAGGAAACCUCGCAACCCUGAAUGCUUUAUGAAUGUUAGUGAAAUUAUCAGAUAUCAUGGAUACCCCAGCGAGGAAUAUCAAGUUACCACAGAGGAUGGAUACAUUCUUGGUCUUUUCAGAAUUCCUGCUGGGAGGAACAGCCAAAAUACAGGGCAAAAGCCUGUAGUCUUCCUACAGCAUGCUUUUCUAGGAGAUGCUACCCACUGGAUUUCUAACCUGCCCAACAACAGCUUGGGCUUCCUGCUCGCAGAUGCUGGCUAUGAUGUCUGGAUGGGAAACAGCCGAGGGAACACUUGGUCUUUAAAACACAAGAUCCUUAAUCCCAGCCAGAAAGCGUUCUGGCAGUUCAGCUUUGAUGAAAUGGGUAAAUACGAUAUUCCAGCAGAGCUGUACUUCAUCAUGAAUAAAACUGGACAGAAGGAUGUAUACUAUGUUGGUCACUCUGAAGGCACAACAGCAGGCUUCAUAGCAUUUUCUACAUACCCUGAGCUGGCUAAACGGGUGAAAAUGUUCUGCGCUCUGAGCCCAGUAACCACAGGGUCACAUGCUACAAGCCCUCUGAUUAAGAUAACAAGUGUUCCUGAACCACUGCUCAGGUUAGCGUUUGGCUGCAAAGGAACCAUGCACCAGAUUGGAUUUCUGAAAGGACCUGUGACGCAGUUAUGUACAAGCCUGGAUAAGUUCUGUGGCCAUAUACUCUGUUACAUAGCUGGAGGCAACAUAAAAAAUCUGAACACGAGUCGGAUAGAUACCUACGUAGCACAUUCCCCUGCUGGAACAUCCGUACAGAACAUUAUUCAUUGGCAUCAGGUAAUACAUGCAGACCAAUUUCAAGCUUAUGACUACGGCUCUAAGGAAAACAUGAAGAAAUACAACCAGUCUACUCCUCCUGCAUACCCAAUAGAGAAGAUAAGCACACCAAUUGCUGUUUGGAGCGGUGGAUGUGACAAAUUUGCAGAUCCCAAGGACAUGGCAAAGCUACUUCCUCGGAUUACUAAUCUCAUUUACCACGAGCAUUUCCCUGCUUGGGGACAUCUUGAUUUCAUCUGGGGCCUUGAUGCAACUGAGAAAAUGUAUCGGAAAAUCAUUGAACUAAUAACAAAAUACUUUUGAAAGCACAUGCCAAGUGUUGAUUCAUUCAUUAAAACUCUCCAAAAUUUCUAUUUGUCAAUAAGGAGGAAGAGGUAAACACACAGACACACAUGAUAGUAUAGGUAGUAUACCAGUAGAGGUAUUUAUCCGCAUUUGUUUGUUUCUUGCUUUCCUCAUAGUUUGAGGUUUUCCAUGGUGUUACUGUGACUGCUGCCUUCCUGAGAAUUUUUAAGUGUAUAGGAAUAAAAGCUGAAAACAUGAGUAUAUUUGAGCAAACAGUGCAGGGAUCACUUAAUUUGGACAGCUUUUAUUUCUACAAGACUGAUUUUUCAAGCCUAGACUCUAUUGUUCUCAUGUAUAUCUUACAUACCCCACAGAAGCAUUCCUGUGCCCAAUCUGUGUCUUCCCAUGAAAACCCGAAAGUGGGAUUUGCUCAUUUCUCUGUUGAAGUACAACGGACCUUAGUUUAAAUUAAAUCAUUUAUCCACUUGACAGACAACUUGGCUUUUUUUUCUUUUUUCCUCCUCACAUUUACCUACAAUGUCAACACAACCAAGAAAUCUUCAGACACAAGAAACUGAGCAGGCAAUAGAUGACUUCCAAACAUGAAGGAAUCCAACUUCAGAAAAACUCAUACAAGUAUUCUCCUGUCCUCCCUGCCUACACACCACCCAAAGGUUUGUCCAUGCACUCUAAACCCCCCAACUUCAAAGACGAUAGAUGGCAGCUGAGGAAUGAGUAGAUGUAGACCCGUCAGGCAAGCUGCACUCCAAGCAAUACAGCUUCCACCCCAUGAAUUAUUCUUGACACUGGCAAUGAAGUCGUUGCAAGCAUUCUGAGCUGUCAGCUUUGAUUUUUACAUAACUCUGUGUCUUGACCAUUCUUUGUUCAAGCAAUUUCUACAGCAUGGGAAAGCAGUCAGCUCUUUUCCCUUUCCGGUCAUUAGCCCAAAGAGAUAGCAUCUUCAUUAUCCAUGCAAGUGCCUCACCUCUACUCACCUACAAGCUGAUCUGGUAGGUAACAGUGUGUGUCGCUAGGUUACACCAGAAGUGUUCAUUAUUACAGGCUCAGACAGGGUAGCUUUUUUUCCCGGGGUGUUUCUGGGUGGGGCCUCAAGCUUAUAUUGCCCAGCCAAACCCUUUGGAGUUGGAGUCAGCGUCCAAUAGAAUAGUUACACUGAAAAAUGUAUCUGUGUUCUGCAACACAGGAAAAAUACAGCUGUCCAUGCACCUAGUCUAGCAGCCGUUAGCAGUGCUGAUCAUGACAUCUAUCUUCUGAACUUAUGACAGCUUACAGCAAAUGGCCAAAACUGUCAAGAAAAAUAAAGAUCCGUUAGACCAAGAAAGCAAGAUACAGCAGCAUUUGAAAGGAGAUUACCCUUUAUUGCUGCAUUAUUAAAUCACAAAGCGCCAGGCCACAUUAAUACAUUGCUUACCACUGCAGGUUUUCUUCUACCUUCACCUAUACAAGAGAAGACUCAUGAAUUUAUUAUUAUUUUGGUAUAUGCAUCCCCUGCUGCAUGCACCACUCUGAAAACCAUGGUAACCUGUCCAGUCCCAUGGGAAGGAUACAUCUGGUUCCCAUCAACAGCAUUUCAUUUAUUGAUUUUUUUUUUCUUUAGCACACUGCUAUAUUGGAAAUGUAGUCAAGGGACUUGUUUCUCUACCGUGCCAAACAUAUUUUCAUUACUAUUUCUUAAUGCAAUAAAGCAACCCAGGAAUUG